ACAAAUAAAGUGCUAGGGAGUGUGUAUUGUCUCUAGCAUAGGACUUAACAGAUCAUACGAAUCUGUGCCACUCUGAGUUUUCAGUGGAAACCAUUUGAAACGAGAUAUUUAAAAGAAGUAGAGCUUCCUCUUUCAUUUUGUGUUUUGUGGUAUUCUGGUCACCCUGUAAGUUGUGAUGUCAAAUAUAAAAAUGAAUGGUUAGGAAUAAUCAAAUAAUUAUUUUCAUAAUGAUCAUUGAACUUCAGACUUUCUAUGAUAUUCCCGAUAAGUUCGACCAUGAAGCGUUUGGAUGGGAAAAUUGCAAUUGUAACAGCAUCAACAGAUGGUAUUGGUUUGGCAAUAGCUGAAAGGCUAGCAAAAGAAGGGGCUCAAGUAAUAAUAAGCAGUAGGAGGAAAAAUAAUGUGAAGGAAUCCACCAAUAAGCUCAUCGCUCAAGGCCUAGACGUGAGAGGCUUGGUAUGUCAUGUUGCAAAAUCUGAAGACAGAGCAAGACUCUUCGAAGAAGCAAGGAAACUAGGUGGACUGGAUAUCUUAGUUUCCAAUGCUGCUGUGAGUCCUGAAGUGGCAGCAGUUUUAGAUACUACCGAAACGUCCUGGGAUAAAAUAUUCGAGAUUAACCUGAAAGCCUCCUAUUUACUAGCCAAGGAAGCACUGCCUUUACUUAGGAAAAGUAAGGCAGGAAGAAUCAUUUUUAUAUCAUCCAUCACAGGGUUGCAACCUAAUGAACACUUGGGGGCCUACAGUGUGAGUAAAACAGCGCUGCUGGGGCUCACUAAAGCUGCAGCACUACAGUUAGCUCCAGACAAUGUAACAGUCAACUGUGUGGUGCCUGGUCUCAUCAGAACAAAAUUUUCUGGUAGCAUAACUUCAGAUGAAUCAACUUUGUCAACAAUACCAUUGAAAAGGCCUGGAGAACCAAAUGAAAUAACUGGUAUUGUGGCCUACUUGGCUUCUGAAGAAUCUUCUUAUGUAACUGGGGAAAACUUUGUUAUAGCAGGUGGUAUGCUUUCUAGGUUGUAAACUAUUUUAUUAACAAAAAAUAAAAUCAUUGCAAUAUGCAGUCAGUAGCACCAGUACAGCUAAGCUUUGAAAUAGCUUUCCCAAAUAUUCCUUCUCUCCCUCCCUAUCUAGAUACACAUGAUGUUUUUGGACUUGAUAGGGAUACCUUGUCAUGCCUUCCAGAAAACAAAAUCUACCCUUGGGAUAUUUGGGAUUUUUUGGUUCCUGCUCCCUUUCUCUUUGAUUAGUUUAGUUUUUAUGCCCUAUUCACAGUUCGAAAUGAAGUGGUACUGCAUGGUGAAAAUGCUUUAUAUCACUCACUAAAAAUCGAAAUUAUGAUGAAAAUAUAUCAAACUUUGAAAUUAUAUGUUGACUUUGAGAACUCCAAAUGUAUUGAAAACCGAA